AUGUCGGUGAAUUCGAUUUUGCUAGAUUUUUCACUCGACCCCGCCCGUAUCAUUGACGAGGUGUCACGCAAGGACAUUGUACAAGUGUGCAAAGAAGGCCUUGAAAAGUAUUUGGCCGAUCUGAAGAUAUCCUACGACAUGCUGACGGCCGAUGGGUACCUCUGCAUUCUCACCGAAGCCGGCACUGGAACCAUCGUGACGAUUCGUAUCUUCGAGCAAGGCCUGAUAACGAUCAACGUCGAAUAUUACCGGAAGGAUGGCGAUGAGGCGAAGAUCUCCUUUGAAAACAUGAAAACGCUAGAAAACGGUUUGCGCAUCAGGCUAGAGGCAAUACGCUCCAAGCACCUUCCACCAAUAAAACGGGGCAGUAGCGUUGACGUUUACCUAACAAGCUCAGACGAACGUGUCAUCGAGUACGACAUCGACCGGGUGUUGUUUGACAAGCGUUCCGAAUUCCAAAAGAUUCAAAUCGUACACUCUCGAAGCCUCGGCAACAUGUUAGUGUUGGAUGAAUUGCAAAACAUUGCCGAAGCUGAUCUCAUCUAUACCGAAACGUUGAUGUGCCGCGGUGCCGAGAAUUAUGCUGGCAAGGAGAUAUGCAUUCUGGGCGGUGGUGAUGGAGCUUUGCUUUACGAGUUGCUAAAGGAAGGUCCUAAAUUCGUCGUGAUGCUCGAGAUCGACGAAAUAGUCAUGCAGGCGUGCAAUAAAUACAUGAACUCCAUCUGUGGCGAUGUGCUGGAGAAGCGCACGGACGCUAAUUUUGAGAUAAUCGUCGGAGAUUGUAUGGUCUACCUGAAGAAGUAUAUUAAGGAGGAGCGCAAGUUUGAUUACGUGUUUGGCGAUCUGACAGACAUACCGAUCUCCGACACACCGACGGGAGAGAUAUGGGAUUUUAUACGCUUGAUCUUGGAAUCAUCUUUCCAGGUGCUUAAACCGGACGGAAAGUUUAUGACACACGGUAACGGUGUUAGCUGUCCGGAAUCGCUCCGAAUGUACGAGGAUCAACUCGCAAAGCUAACGCCAAAGGUUAAGUACACUAAGAGUUCAGCAUUCGUGCCAUCAUUUAUGGAGGAAUGGGUGUUCUACCAGGUGCAACGUGAGCUCGCUAGUGCCACCGAAAGCGUUUGA